AUGGCGCUGGAGGAAAGCAAGUCAAUGCUGUUUCAGCGGUACGAAAUGGUCAGGUCAGAACUGACGGAAAAAAAAUUAAAGAUCCAGCAGGACGCUUACGCUCAGACGGUGGGAUCCCACGAUCGCAUUAAUCAAUUGCAGCAUCACAUUAACACGUUGGAAGCGCAGAAAAACCAGCUGUGUGAGGAGAAGAUCCAGAUGCAAACCCAUAUCAACCAGAUGCAGGCUUGGUGUGCCCAGAAAGAAAAACAGACAGGACUUCCAGCGCAGGGGGCUACAACAGAGGGUGAAAACGACUUUAGUCCACAUGCUUGUCACACCGUUACCCAGUCUGCCAAGAUGGGCGGGCAUGCUGAACAGUCUUCUAAUGCGUUGGGGCCCCGCCCCAGGUGGGGUUGCGAGGAAUUCAAGAACUGA